AUGGAGGAGACCAACACAACAAAUCUCUCUCUGAACUACGUGACUUCUGGAUAUAAAGACUCUCAGGUGGUUGAUAAAUCUUGGUGCAUACUAGAUCAUAGGCUGUUGAUAAUUUCAGGUGUCUGUAUUAGUAUUUGCCUGUGUGGACUUGUGGGGAAUAUGGUGGUCAUGUGGUUCCUGGGCUUCCACAUGAAGAAGAACCCCUUCACUGUCUACGUCCUGAACCUGGCCGUCGCUGACUUCUCUCUGCUCCUGUUUGUUCUUGUUAUAUGUACAUUGUACAUUAUUUCAGAAGUCUAUUGUAUUUUCCCAUUUCAAUAUUAUUUCUCCAAGAAUAUCCUGAUCGUUGUGUUUCUGUUUUGGUAUUUAGCCAGCAUGUAUCUCCUGACAGCAAUGAGCGUGGAGAGGUGCCUGUCUGUUUUGUUCCCAAUCUGGUACCGGUGUCGCCGCCCAAAGCACUUGUCAGGCAUCACCUGUGGGAUGCUCUGGGCUCUUGCCGGACUUCUUGUUUCUUUGGCUUUGAUUAGUUGUUUUUUGGGUAUAACCUGUGAACAACUAUUACAAGAUAUAAGCAUUGUGAAUGGUCUCAUUUUCUGUUUAUUCCCAUUCCUUUCCAACCUUUCCCUGUUCAUCAAACUCCAAUGUGGCUCACAGAGACGACACCCAGGGAGGCUCUACGUUGCUCUCUUGCUCAACGUGAUCUUCUUGUUCAUCUUUGGGAUUCCUUUCAGUGUGGUGAUGUUCCUUGGUCCUUUUUAUGUAGAGCUGUGUUACCUUCAUAUUUCUUACCUGCUGGCAUCGCUGAACAGCAGCAUCAACCCAGUCAUUUACUUUCUGGUGGGGAGCUGCCGGCAGCGCCGGCUCCGGGGCUCCGUGAAAGCCGCCCUUCGCCGAGUGUUCGAAGAGAAAGCGAGGAGCGAGGAGGGGAGCCACGUGCCUGGGGACACUGCGGUGGAGACCUCUCUGUAA